AUGCAGAAACAGCUGCCUGCACCGUUGUACAAGGACGUAAGCGCGGUAGGAAUGCCUCAUGAAAGGACAUUCUAUGUCAGCGUUCAAGUUGGCGAUCUGAUGGAGACAGGUAAGGGAAGGAACAAAAAACUGGCGAAGCACGAUGCGGCCGAAAAGCUUCUGACGCGUUUAAACGCCUUACCGGUGGACGAACUACUAGAACUGGGGGUAGCACCUCGAACAGCGUCGACGUCUACCACAGAUACCAACCAAAAGAAGACUGCACCAGAGUCUGAUUCCCUUAAUUGCAAUGCCGCAGCGGCCGCGCUUCCGACUGAUACGAAAGAAACCCCGGAGAGCUACUUGGUGCCGAAAAUAGCGGUUGAUGGUGAAAAGGUUGGCUUCAAGGAAUUGCAGUGUAUGGAUUUCGACCACGAGGUACCAUCUUAUCAUCACGUGACGUUGUUGGAUUUGAUCGCUAGCGAUGAAGAAUACGAAAUCAAGUUCAACUGGCUUUCUGAACUCGAGGAACAAGGUGUCAGGUAUUUUCAGAGUCUCGUAGUCAUUUCGACGUCACCGGAGAUGAGCGCCAUAGGCAAAGGCAAAACCGAAGACGAAGCUAAAUACGCCGCUGCUUUCUUGCUAUUGCAACAGAUGAAAGCCACGCUUUUAACAUCAAAUCGAUGA